UCUCUCUCUCUCUCUCUCUCUCUCUCUCUCUUCUGCCUCUUUUCCAUGUGAGUAUCCCACCUAUGUCGUUUCAGUACGCUCGUCUAUUUCUUAUAUUUGAUGAUGUGGGUGCGUUUUUAUAUAAAAGAUUCGAUUUUGACAUCGAUUUUGACAUCUGUUUAUCACGUGGGAGUUUUUUUCACCAAAAGUUUUGAUUUUGAUCGGUUUUCUGAGGUGAGGGGGCUUGUAGAUUGUUUUUCUGGAUGGCAUUCAUCCUUUGGUUCUGUAGUUCUCCUCGGUUUGUUGAGUGAGACUAGCUUUCUUAUGCGGAAGAAAGCUAAUUAUUUGGUCUAAUGUUCGAAUUUUUUCCCCUAAUUUUUUGAAUGGUUUGUUGGCCUGGCAUUUAUUGAGAUUAGAUCCAAACGCUUCACCCAUUGCGUCAAUGUUCAUAGAUAGAAUCAUAGAAGUAAUUGAGAAGAUCUUAGGAUGAGGCUGCUUGCUUUUAUACUUCAAUCUCGUUUGUUGGUAAAUGUAUCAAAUUCUUUUGUUAAUGGUGAUGAUUUUCUGUAAACAAAUGUUUCAUUCAUUAUUCUUGAACUUUGAUAAAAAAAAAAAACAUGGUAUAAAGGAGGAUAAAACUGUUAUUAUUGGUUAUGACAUGAAAUUGCUUGUGUCUUUAUCUCUUUAUUUAAUUAUUGUGUGUGGUAUUUGAUUGCGAGUGGUUGAUUUAGGUUGGCCUUCAGCAUGUUUGUUAGAGUAAUAGAAGUUUGUUUUCUUAAGUGAAUUUAGUUUGACCUGAGUCAGUACUUCACAUCUUAUUUCCUAGAAGAGAAUUGACUUAAUUUUCUCUAUUCUCUUUUUUUUUUGGCUGGAAGCGUUAAUCUUAAUGUUCUACUUCUUGCCAGGAUAUUAUUAAAGAAGAAACUAUAGAAAAAAGGAUAUGGCAUUUGGGGCGAAGGAAAACAUUUUAUAUAUCAGAAGACCUAAUUACAGAUUGUUUUGCAAUCAUCUGUUCAUUAUCAGUUUUUUCAUCGUUAUACUUUACAAAUUUUUUCCUACUCUAUUUGCUCUUCUUGUCACUUCCUCUCCCAUCACUAUCUGCACUGCCCUUCUUCUUGGAAUCAUUCUCACUUGUGGUGAUAAAAAAACCCCUAAAAUUGAUGAGGAUAGGAAGACUCAGAUAUUUUCUUCUCAUAAGACUAGGGUUUUUCCCAAUGUGGAAAGUAGAAGAAAGGUUAAAAAAAUGACAGUCAGAGAAGCAGUUUCUCAUGAUGAAAGGGCUACUGAUAAUAACAAGGCAAAGGCACAAAAUGAUAGAUAUGGCUCGUAUGAAAAUUGUAUGGCUGCAAACUCUUCAGUCAAGCAAGACAAGAGAGGGGCUUAUCGUGAUAAGAAGGUGACUGAAGAGAGGAAAAUUCAUGAUUGCGGGUUUGCUAAGAAGAAAGAGGUUUCUGCAGAGGGGCUAGCUAAAGGUGUAUUGAAAACAAGAGAGGAUAUUGGUAGUCUAACCACCUCGGACCAAAAGAAUUCUGAGGGUCUUAAGUUGGAAGGUGAGAAGUCCACUUUGAACACUCGCCGUCAUUCUACUUUGCGUGAAGCUUGGGAUCAUCUUGACCGCUAUGAUGCUUCUUCAAGUUCUGAAUCCGAUCAGGCAGAGUGUUCAUCGCCAGAUGCUGCUUCUAUGGCUGACAUCAUGCCAAUGCUAGAUGAGCUUCACCUGCUUUUAGACUCUGAACCUCCUCAACCUGCUCUUGUAUCCAAAGAAAACUCAGAUGUUGCUUCCAUACAGUCCUCAGAUGUUGGUAGUGUGGAGGAAGAAGCCGAAAACGUGGAGGAUGAAGAUGAUGAAGAAGUGCAGGAUGAGAAAGAUGACAAGACCAAAUCUGUGGUAUCUUGGACAGCAGAUGAUCAGAAGAAUCUUGUGGAGCUUGGAAAAUCUGAGAUGGAAAGGAAUCAGAGGUUGGAGAGCUUAAUUGCAAGACGAAGAGCAAGAAAAUUUCUAGAGAAAAAUUUAAUAUGCUUGGAUAAUAACGACUCACUGCCAAGCAUAGAAGAUCUAUCGCGCUUUCAAAUAGAGAUUCCAUCUGUUUUUCCACCAAGACGAAACCCUUUUGAUCUUCCCCAUGAUUUAGAUGAAAUUCCUCUUUCAGCUCCUCCUAGACUGGUGCCAGGACGAAACCCUUUUGAUCUUCCUCUUGACCAAGCAUAUGAAAGUAAUAGCCCUCCAAUGGAGAACUUGAGCCAUCAAGAGGUUGUCACAGAUCCGCAAAGGGAUAUGUUAUUAAGAAGGCAUGACAGCUUCACUUCAGGAGCAUCAUUUCUUGGGGAUCUUAGAGAAGAGAGGCGUGCCUCUAGGUUGAAGCCCUUUUUUGUUGCAGAGAAGAAGGAUGAAGAGGAGACAGAUUUCAAUGUCCCAAGACAAUCAAGUGAAGGGAGUGAUUCAACAGUGAUCUCUCCAAAAUCUUAUACAAUUCAAGAUCCUCUUGCUAACCAUGACACCAGUCCUGCUGAGCGAGGAAGUCAAUCCUCUGAGGGUGUUGAUGAGGUGGAUGUCAAACAAGUAGAAAGCAAGAAAGCAAAACAAGCUGUUGAUAGUCAUAUUACAUAUCCCGUCUAUGAUUCCAGUUCAUCAGCAACUGAGAAAACCAACUGAUUUUUUAGCACUUGAUGAAGUUUCCUUUAAUACAUGUACCAGGCUUAAUAUCUCAGAAGUGGGUUCACCUCCAAGGACAGCUGAGAGGAAUGUUCUUGGGGAGAGGAAGCGCAAGAGGGGAUCUGGCAUCUGCUGAAGUUUGGGCUGCAUUGAGUUUAGCUUCCAUAGAGGAAAAUAAUUCAGGACCAGUGGAGGAAUUCUGAGAUCAGAUAGCAUGAUUCUAGGUCAUCCAGUUGUACCAAUAUUACUAGAGGCAGCUGCAUGUACUUCAUAUCUUGUUAGAUGUUCAUCCGAAGAUUUGUUGACAGAAUGUAACUAUGGCUGAUUCAGAUUAAUUUCUUUUGUAUAAUCAGAUUUUGAUACUUCAAUUUUGUAAUUAAGAAGUCUUCCUUCGUUA